AUGUGGCUGUAUCUGGUGAUAUCUUUACUCGCGUUCACCGCAUCCACCAGCUUACAUUUGGCCAAAAACAAUACGCUGUUCACUGACGAACGUAUUAUAUUUUCUUCUGGUCUGAACAUAACCAGGAUCCUGGUGCCUUCGGACCGCAACAGGCUACAGGUCAGCGAGACCAACAUGCCCUCUAUAUUCUUCACGUUAUCCGAUCCGGCUUCGGAAGGUGGGACCUGCCUUUACAUUCUGGAAGGUCUGGCCGCUUACGAGAUCCUGGAAGGCGGUACGGACGCCACGUCCGCAUAUGACGACCAAACGAUUUACUUCGCUUCGACGAAUGGUCUCUACAGAUUUGAGCCGUCGACUAUGUCGGCGAAGAAAUUCGGACCCUUUCGCGACCACAUCGUGCAAUUGCAGAAAGCAAGUGGAAGCGACGAGAUAUUUACUCUCAACGACAAGAACGAGGUGUAUAGGAUGGAGAAAAAUGGAACCGUGAAAACAAAGAUGUCCGAUAUAUGCGCUGAGCAAUUCGUUUUGGAUACGUCGAAUAAUUUGUAUUACGUUUCUUGCGGCGAUAAUGUAUUGAGAGCGCUGAUGUACGGUAGUCCGAUAACGGUAGCCAUGGUCGAAGAAUUCAAUGAGAUUAAGCUCUUAAGACCGCCAUUCAUUCUAGAAUCUUCGAUUCCUCUGUUCGGCGAUAGAGUUUUGUAUUUGUUCUAUUCAAACGGUACCAGUGAGAGGAAGGAUUUAGAGCUCAGCGUAAUGCCGACGGCGUUUAGUGUUGACGCCGCAUUGUAUGUAGUUGCGGCUUUGAACGGGAAAUUGUACGAAUUUAACGUUUUCGAGGUUAUGUCCCGCUCGAUGUUUCGUAGUUCCACAAUUUCACCGACAGAUGUCUCCGAAAUCAUAAUGGCGGUCUUGCAAAAUGGCGACGAUGGUUCUUUUUAA